CCCAGUGGUGAACAAUUCGAAAACAAUUUAAAUGGCGACCCGAAAUUCAUUUGGAUAAAAUUGUUUUUCAGAGGUUCUUCCGAAAAAUCAAAUUAAAUCACCGUCGUGAUUGUACAGUUAAUAAUCCAUUAACAUUCGAGUUAUCAAAGAAAUAUGUGCGUUUAUGUGCUAGUCAAUGUUUUAUGUUCUGUUUGACACUCAAACAAAAAGAAUUAAUCUGUCGAAAGGAUUUUAAAAUACGACUACAAUGAAGCAAAUUAAUGUGUCCGUUGUCGGUUUAUCUGGCACCGAAAAAGAGAAAGGCCAAAUUGGUGUCGGUAAAUCUUGUUUCUGUAAUCGCUUCGUCCGUCCGCUAACUGACGAUUAUUUCAUCGAUCACAUAUCCGUAUUGAGCCAGUCCGACUUUAGCGGUCGCAUCGUAAACAAUGAUCAUUUUCUCUACUGGGGGGAUGUUCGUAAAACAUCCGAAGAGGGCACCGAAUAUCUAUUCCACGUUGUGGAGCAAACAGAAUUCGUGGACGAUGCCACAUUUCAGCCGUUCAAAGUUGGUAAAAUGGAAUCAUACGUGAAACGGUGCACAGCCUCGAAAAUUGUGUCGGCCGAAAAGUUAAUGUACAUCUGCAAGAACCAGUUAGGCAUCGAACGUGAAUAUGAACAGAAGGUGAUACCCGACGGAAAGUUGACGAUUGACGGUUUCAUUUGUGUAUUCGAUGUGAGCCAAGUACCGAACAGAUCGUUGGAGAAGCAAGUCGAAUUUGUCAAUAAUAUUAUAACGACGGCAAUGAAGAACAAAAAACCCGUGUUGCUGGUGACAACUAAAAAUGACGAGGCUAAUGAAAUGUACAUACGAGAAGCGGAAAAGAUUUGCCAGCGUAAGGAGUACAAGGGUACUGUAUUUAUGGUGGAAACGUCAUCGCACGAAGCAAUCAACAUCGAUUUAGCAUUCCUGUUGCUCGCACAAAUUAUCGAUAAAGCAAAAACCCGAACCAAAAUUACAACGUAUCAAGAAGCUGCAAAGUCGCGCAAGGAACUUUUAGACAUCAGCUCCGAAGCCGUGUCCCGAUUAAUUCGCUGCCAGAUAUCCGAUUAUCAUACAUUGUGGGUACAAGGCUCAAAGAUGCUGUCCAACCACAAAGAAUGGACCGAUUUCAUGGAACUGUUCGGCCAGGAAGCGGGUCAACGAAUAUUCCGACGCCACAUAAAGAAAUUGCGCGAAGAGAAUGUAUCACGUCGUCUGCACGCAUACAUGGACAAUUUCAACGCAAUUCUGCACGACAUUGUGCCCGACUUGAAUACGGUGAACAUCGAAAUCAACGGCGAUUGGAAUUCGGUGCGAACGUUCAUGAAAAAUCACAUUGACUUUGAGCAAUACUUUUUCGAGUGUGAUCAGGCGCCGUGGACUGAUUUGAGUGAUGUUAGUGACUUGGAGGAUGAGGCUCGCAUACCGUUCGAUGUGCUAGAUACAACUGAGGCGGAAACGGUUUUCAAGAAUCAUGUGAACGCAUUGCAACAGGAACAGAAAAGAUUAGAGAUGCCGAAAAGAUGGAAGAAACAAUUCAAAAAACUCUUAGAGGAAGCAGGAUACGUCACACCCGGUAAGCAGUUGUCCGAAGUGCGUGUACUGUUUAUGGGUCGUGAAUGUUUCGAAGCGUUGUCCGAACAUGAUUGCCAACAGAUCUACGAUAAUCAUCAGAAAGAAAUAGUCGACAAAGCAAAACACAAUUUCCAAGAAUUACUGCUGGAGCAUGCGGAUCUGUUUUAUCAUUUUAAAAGUAUUGAACCAUCUGGGACGAUAACACAGGAUGAUAUUAAAGAGAUAACGGACGUGCUUCAGGAGGAUAUUAGGUUUAAAAUGUUGGAUCGUCUGGACCAAGAUCGGAAGUUAAUGUUGUUUCAACACUUGGGUUUUGUUCACUGUCCGAUACGGGAGCAUUGCCCAGCAUUUCCGAAUUGUAUGGACGCAUUGAUUGAACGAAUUAUUAGCGCUAAGCGAACUCACAGCCUAUCCAAAAAUCAAUGGAAAUCGUCAUCCAUGCAGUCCAACGAUAACAUCUUGAACUUACUGAUUCUGGGUUCGGAACACUUAGCUAGCGAUAUUAUCAAUGAAAUUUGUUUAAAUUGUGGAGACGAUGGCGAAUACAUUUACGAUGGUCAGGCCUACUACUUGCAGACCCAAAUCAUUAACGGUGACAUGGAAUCGUUUAAGAACAUUGACUUCCAGUCGAGCGGCCUGGUUUGCAUAUAUUCCAACCAAAUGUCAUCGGAAUAUUUGAAGGACAGCAUCGAACGAAGUUUGUUGUGUAAUUUGGAAUUGGAAGAUAAGUUUGAGAGUUUGCCGCUGGUGUUGGUGUAUCAGCCAGAGGAUCAGAAAGACGAUGGUGAAAUGGAACUUUUACGCGCGGAGGGACAACAGUUAGCUGAGAUGCUUCAUUGUCUAUUCAUCGACACAUCACUAAAUUUCUACCAUCACCGACAAUCGCAGCAUCAGAACUACAUCUACGACAUUCUGAAUCAUUUGAUCGAGUGCAUUCGUAUGGGUGAUCCGAAGAAUGACGAACGUUAUUUGCAAGGCUCGCCCGAUAUUCGGAUAAUAUUGUGCAUGUUCUGCGGCGAUCCGUUUUCGGUGGAAAGUGUGUUGGGGCCAAUUAUGUCGGAACCAUCAUGUCAAUUGUCUGGAGAUCGAAGCAUCAUAUUCGAAACGUUUUUGGGCGACACGAAGCGGAAAAUUGAAGUCAUCAUGUCGUCGUACCAUGGCGCGAAUGCAUUCCGCGAUGAGCUUGUACACGGAUUUAUACUGCUUUUUUCGACGAAACGGCGAGCAUCAUUGGCAACGUUAAACGCUUUUUCAAUGAACAUACCAAAUUUACCGAUGCAAUUACUUGCCAUCACCGAUAACGGAGGUGCGAAUGCUUUCUUCAACAAUGAUCUAUGCCAAAUGUUAAUUACCGAAGGAAAUGCCAUUGCCGACAAAUUACGAGCUCAUUUUAUGACGUCAGCAAUUGGAAAUCAGUUAAAAUUCGCAUUUUACACACCAUUUUUGAAAGAAGUGUGGGAAAAGAAGCCCGAAAUUGAACAAGCAUUCCAUAUGGAGGAACCAGUGACACUCGAUUCCGGCGAAGGAACGCUCGAACAUUCGAUGCACCAAUUGCCGCAACCGCCGCCGCGCCACGAAAGUUAUAUGUUAAAAAAUACGGCCGGUACCGAUGGGUCGGGUAGCGAGAAUUAUGAACAUCUGCCGACGAGAUCGAUGAAUUCAUUAAACGGUCCGGAUGAUAACUUAAAAUUUAAUUUGAAUGACAAUAGUGAGAAAUAUCCACAUUUGUACAUGUUAGGUGAAAAAGAUAUGGGCAUUGAUGAUACGUAUAUGAACGACGAUGACAAAGAUGAUAAGGCGAGAUUGCUGCAUCAAGGCUUUCAGAUUUAUCCACCACCAACUACUCCACCCGAACCAGCCCCUCCAGAUCAUCAUAUGGCACCGUCGUCGAUGAUGCGACCGUACAAGGGAAAUAUGGUGUCAGCGUCCCAAUCGAGUCUUGACGACAUAACAUCUGAUGUUAGCGGCUCGAAGGAUUCUUUAACGACUCAUGAUUCAGGUUGGCUAGAUGAUGGAUUGUUUAUUCAAAGAGAUAAUGAUAAGUCGCGUGAAGGAUCCGGUCGACGAAACAUUUUGUGGAAUAAUUUCGGAUCGCAUCAUGCAUUUACAACGGGUCGCCAGCAACGAGCAAACGAAACGAAUUUCGGCAACAAAGUGCGCCCGAAGGGUCCUAGUCAAACAUUAAAGCAACCUGGCAAGCUAAAUCUCAAAAACUUUGCGAUUGUCAACGAAGCUAUUGCUCGCAUGAAUGUCAACAGCGACCAUAAUCCAGAAGGUGAAGACAAAAAAUUUCGAGUUUAUAAUAAAGCAUUUAAAUUUGAAAAUGCCCCCCUUGCUGCUCCCGAAGACGAUUCCGAUGAUUUGGCCGAGUAUGCACAAGUGAAGGAUGAGUACGGUAAUGAUCUGGUCGAACAGAACAUGUACACUUUUCCGCACGAUGGAACGCCGAACAAAUCGAAAAUUCGCCAUAGACGUGAUAACAAAGGACAAAAAUACUCAGAAACGGACAGUGAAUCAAGUUCAUCCGAGCGAAAGAAUACACGAGGCUAUGACGGUUACUAUAAAAUGAAUCGAACCAAAACACAGACAACACACAAGCGUAUGCGAAAGAAACGUGCCGCUAUACCGGUGCAACCGCCAAAGGUACCAUUCGGAACAUAUGUUCAACCGCCGGAGAUUCCGAUGCUUUAUCAGAAAAUGAAAACUGAUAAGAAAUCGACUGGUAUUGAGAAGGGCAAAUCAUUGUGCACAGAUGUUCAGGAAGAGGAAUCCAUUGAUGUAUCUUCACCACGAGACAAUAAUUCUCCAAUCUUCGGAGUCGUGCCAAAAGUGGUCAAGGAAAACGACAAAGACAAACUAAUCGACCGAAAGCGUGAUAAACAGAAAUCCCAGAAAGAGGAAGAAAAACUGGACAAACGCCGAGCCAAAGAAGAUGCAGCCAAACUGCGAAAAUUGCAAGACAAAGAGAAGGAGCAAGAGAAGAAAAUGAAACGAAAAUCCAAACAAACGGGUAAAUCAUCGGAUUUGGCUAGCGGUAGCAGUGGAAUGCCCGAAUUCGUACAAUCGGAAAAGAAUCUGAUUCCACUGUUUCUGGAACAGUGUGUAGAGUUUAUCGAACAGGAAGGUCUAGAUUCGGAGGGUAUUUAUCGGGUGCCCGGUAAUAGGGCACAUGUGGAUCUUUUGUAUCAAAAGUUACAAGAAGAAUCUAGCAUUGACAUUGAGGCUCUCGACAUUCCAGUGAAUGCAGUCGCCACUGCUCUGAAAGAUUUCUUUUCCAAACAUCUUCCGCCCCUAUUCGAUAAAGAUCUUAUGAGUGAAUUAGAAGAAAUUGCCGCUUGCAUAAGUAGUUCCAGAGGGUUGCCAUCCACAACACUCAAUAUGGAGGUUAAAACUGAUAGAAGUUGUCGAUUAUUAGCGUUAAGAAGUUUGUUGAAUAAGCUUCCUCCGUAUAAUUUUUCAAUUCUGAAGUACAUCUUUCAACACUUUGUGCGUGUAUCCGAAAACUCAAAACUCAAUAGCAUGGACAGUAAAAAUUUAGCAAUUUGCUGGUGGCCAACACUAAUACCCAUCGAAUUCACCGACAUGGGACAUUUCGAACAGUUGCGGCCAUACUUGGAGGACAUUGUUCAAACAAUGAUCGACCAAUAUCCGUUCUUGUUUUGUGGUAAAGAGGCAUUCGUUAUGGUGUAAUUAUUUCGUUGUUUUUUUGGGGGAUCAGUUUUUCAACAAUUUUUUUUUUUAAAUCAAAUUCACCGGUAGGUAUCGUCGUGAUUAUUUUGUUUUAUUCUCUGAUUUAUCCGAUUUUCGUAGAAGAUAUACGGUUGUUAGUCAGUAAAAUAUUGUAAUUACCCCGUCUCAAUGUCAGAAAAAAAAAAAGUUUAAGAAAAAAAAUAAUUUUUAAUGAAAACAAAAAGUAAAAAUAAAAUAAACAAAAGAAAAAAAUAAUUAAAUUUUACAAUCAACUUCGGUAGUAGUUGUGAUUUGAUAAAAGACAUUAAAACUCAUGAAAAAAGAACCAUGCUUCCAAUGAAUGACAGUAAUUCACCAGAAUAUUUCUGUUUCUCAAAAUAUAUAUUUUUCGUACGACUCGACGUGAAUGUGGAUCAGUUUUUAUUUGAUGUAUCGUCAAAGACAAUUUGCUUCCCUUCAAUCA